AAUUCACAUGAAAAUGAAAUCACAUUUAGUCUUAUAAUAAUCCAAAACAAACAAAAAAAUCUCUCCAUAAUCUAUAAACUUAGUCAAGUAUAUAUCUUCCAUUUCUCCUCUCAUAUUUUUCAACCAAAAGUUUACUUCUUUCCAGGCUGGAUAGUUUUCUCUCAUUGAAGGAACAUGAAAAAUGUGGCCUUGUUUUCAUUCAUUCUUUUGUUUGUUCUUCUCAUCUUUUGUGCUAAUAGAACCAUCAAAUAUGAAGAAUCAUCAUCAUUACAAUCUCUAUAUCAUCAUGUCAAAGUUAAUAGUCAUUCAGGCUAUGAACAUAUUUGGCCAAAUAUAGAAUUUGGAUGGGAAAUCAUUGUUGGUAGUUUGAUUGGAGUUUUUGGAGCUUCAUUUGGAAGUGUUGGUGGAGUUGGUGGUGGUGGCAUCUUUGUGCCAAUGCUAAUAUUAAUCAUUGGAUUUGAUGCAAAAUCAGCUACUGCUAUUUCUAAAUGUAUGGUUACUGGUGCUGCAAUAUCAACAGUAUUCUUCAAUCUAAAACUGAGACAUCCAACACUUGAUAUACCAAUGAUUGAUUAUGAUUUGGUGGUUUUAAACCAACCUGUAAUAAUUCUUGGUAUUAGUAUUGGAGUUGUUUUAAGUGUAGUUUUUGCAGAUUGGAUGAUCACAGUUCUACUAAUUCUCAUCUUCAUUGUUACAUCAGUGAAGGCUUUCAUCAAGGGUCUUGACACCUGGAAAAAGGAAUCCAUAGUUAAAGAGGAGUUUGUGAAGCAUUUAGAGUCAACUGCCACUAGCAGUGAUGAUGUUGAAUACAAGUAUCUUCCAAGUUGUCCUGAUGAUGAGCCUCAGAAGAAAAUUAAUCAAGGUACCAUUCUUAGCAACAUUCGUUGGAAGGAAUUUGGACUUCUUUGUUUUGUUUGGAUUGCGGUCCUUAUCUUGCAGAUCGCCAAGAAUUAUACAGCUACAUGUUCAAUCACAUACUGGAUACUUACUUUGUUACAGAUACCGGUUACUUUAGGGGUUUCUAUGUAUCAAGCAAAAGGUCUAUAUCAAGGGAAAAAGAUCACAGUUUCUAAGCAAGAUCAUGGCACACAUUGGCCUUUGCAUCUUCUAAUUGUAUCACUUUCAUGUGCUUUGUUAGCUGGAAUUUUGGGUGGACUUCUUGGUGUAGGUAGUGGAUUUGUUAUGGGUCCUUUGUUUAUCGAAUUUGGAAUUGCGCCUCAGGUGGCAAGUGCGACGGCUACAUUAGGAAUGACAUUCACAGCAUCUAUAUCAGUUGCGCAAUAUUUUCUCUUGAAUCGUUUUCCGGUUCCUUAUGCUCUGUAUCUUACCCUUGUGGCUACAAUUGCAGCAUACCUAGGACAGAAAGUGAUUGAUAGGCUUGUGAAUAUGUUUCAAAGAGCUUCUUUGAUUAUAUUUGUUUUAUCCUUCACAAUUCUUGUUAGUGCAAUUGCACUAGGUGGAGUAGGAAUAUCACACAUGAUUGAGAAGAUUCAGAAGAAUGAAUAUAUGGGAUUUGAAGAUCUUUGCUACUAGUAGUACUAGCUUAUAUAGAGGUUCAUCUAUUUAUCUAAGUUUUGGAGUUAUUGUUUGCCUUGAAGAGAAUUAUGUGUAUGUUGUUUUAUUCAAUUUACAUUGGUUGAGGAAAUUUUAUUGCUGAAAGCUAUCAAUGAUUUAGAUGUAUAUGUUCUGUCUUGAUCUCAAUAGAAUUAAAUCUAUUUUUAUGAUUUAACC